GGUAGAUCAUGACAUUCCUAGGUCUUUGUCUCCGGCGUAAUCUGAUAGGCAUCACCUUUGAAUUUUGAAGCACCUGCUGCAUCUGUGUCAUUUGUUGUGCCUGCACGCGAGAGAAAGGCAGACACAGAGAAAAGGGACACAUAGAGAAACAGCUCAGUAGGCCAAUACUGGCAUGCUUCUUUUUUAAAGUGUUGAUAUCAAAACUCUUGACUGGCCUGAAAACAGAAAACAGAUGGCGUGCAACUGCUGUGACUCAUGCGUUGGCUCCAAAGUGGAAGAAAUCCCGAUACCAUAUCGGCAACAUGACGUCUCCCCGCUGAAGCCGUCGGACGUCUUAUGGACCACAGAGAGGGAUAAACCUGUGAAGCUUCGCAUGGCCGAGUCUGGUCCCGGGUCCGAGACUCCGAUCACCAUCCAUCAGAUGUUUGAGGCGACGGUGGCUUUCCAUGGAGAGCACCCUGCGUUACGAUGGAAAGAGGAGGGGAAGUGGAACAUGCUGACUUACAAGGAAUACUAUCUGCAGUGCAGGACGGCUGCAAAGGGCUUCCUUAAAUUAGGGCUGGAGCGUUACCAUGGUGUUGGAAUUUUAGGCUUCAAUUCGCCAGAGUGGUUCAUUGCUGACGUCGGGUGUAUCAUGGCAGGGGGCCUUGUCACUGGGAUUUAUACUACAAACAGCCCUGAGGCAUGCCAGUAUGUUGCUAGCAAUUGUGAAGCCAAUGUCUUAGUUGUGGAGAACCACAAACAGCUCAUCAAAAUUUUACAGGUGAAAGAUCAACUACCACAUUUGAAAGCCAUUGUCCAAUACAAGGAUGCACUAGAGAAGAAACUUCCCAAUUUAUACACAUGGAAAGAGUUCAUGUCAUUGGGAGAGGGUGUGUCUGAUGAGGAGCUAGAUGCUGUGAUCAAGAGUCAGGCGCCAAACGAGUGCUGCACUCUGAUCUACACAUCAGGGACCACUGGGAACCCGAAGGGUGUCAUGUUAAGUCAUGACAAUAUCACAUGGAUUUCAAACGCAGUAGGGACCCUGACUAAAUUGCAGAUGGGUGGAGAGGUCCUGCUUAGUUACCUUCCCCUCAGUCACGUCGCCGCCCAGGUCAACGACAUGUGGAUUGGUAUGAAGUUUGCUGCCACAACCAGUUUUGCUCAGCCUGAUGCUUUAAAGGGUUCCCUGGGGGAGACUCUGCGAGAGGUGCGGCCCACAAGUUUUCUGGGGGUGCCACGCGUAUGGGAGAAAAUGCAGGAGAGGAUGAAAGAAAUUGGUGCCAAAACCACAGGGCUUCGCAAAAAGGUGGCUGACUGGGCAAAAGGUUUAGGACUUGAGGCCUCUCGAAAUGAAAUGAAUAGGACUGAUGUGGUGCCCUGGGGGUUUGGCCUGGCGAACAGCCUGGUCUUCAGGAAGGUGCGCCUUGCCCUGGGUCUUGACCGCUGUGAGGCGUGCUAUACGGGGGCGGCCCCCAUCAGCAGGGACACCAUAGAGUACUUCAUGAGUCUCCACAUCCCCCUGUACGAGGUCUACGGCAUGAGCGAGAGCACCGGGCCUCAUUGCGUGUCAUGGAAGGAGAGCUUUCGCAUCACAAGUUGCGGUAAGGAGGUGACAGGCUGCAAGACGAAGCUGGAUAACCUUGAUGCGGAUGGGAACGGGGAGAUCUGUUUCUACGGGCGCCAUGUUUUCAUGGGCUACCUGAAUAUGCCCGAGAAGACCAAAGAGGCUGUGGACCAAGACGGCUGGCUGCACUCUGGGGACCUCGGCAAACACGACCAAGACGGCUUCCUCUUCAUCACAGGAAGAAUCAAAGAGAUAAUAAUCACAGCAGGAGGGGAGAACGUUCCUCCAGUACCAAUUGAAGACCUAGUGAAAGAGGAAGUGCCCAUCAUUAGCAACGUCAUGCUAAUCGGAGACAAGAGGAAGUUCCUCUCCAUGCUCAUCACACUGAAAUGUGUGGUGGAUGAUGCAGGGGAGCCGACUGACGAGCUGAGCCCUUUGGUGAGGGACUUCUGUCAGCAGCGCAGCGUCAACGCCACCAAAGUCUCCGAGAUCCUCAGCACCAAGGAGCCAGCGGUGUACCAAGCAAUCCAGGAAGGGAUAGGAAAAGUGAAUGCAAAAGCUACCUCAAACGCCCAAAAGAUCCAGAAGUGGACCAUGCUACCUCAGGACUUCUCUAUACCUGGGGGUGAACUCGGUCCUACGUUGAAGCUGAAGAGGCCAUUCGUCUCUGAGAAAUAUCAAAGUGAAAUUGAAGCAUUUUAUGCUGAAACAUAGUAGCUGAUAGCUUCAAGCGAAUGCUUUAAAGUUCAAGUUAAAAAAAAAAUCAUGCCUUGUAUAUCUCUUCUCACCGACCUAGGGGUGGCUAGGUCUCUUCUCAACGUCUAAUGGGUUAAAAUGAGGAGGACAUAAAACCUGAUCAAAAUGUUUAGAGGGCAUUUGCAAAAAAAGAAAUGAAUGAGAAAAGUCACGUCACGUCCAUGGCUUUAAAGGGCUGGUCGCCAAAUACCAGUCAAUCCUGUGCUGCUCUCAGCAGACUGUAGGUGCCGGUGAUUUGGGCACAUUUGGGACAGCCAGCCACAGGAUCAGGAAAUACAAACCAAAAGCAAAUCAAAAUACAGGAACACAUUCGGGGCAGUAAUAGUAGUUGCUCAUUAGGGUGAACUGAUUCUGUAAAUGGUUUGAUCAAAUAUGGGGCAGGCUUUUUAUCACUUGCAUGUCUUUUUAUUUAUGAAAUGAAAUGAGUAAGAAUGGCAGAAUGGCUAUAGGGUUUUGAGGCCAUGACUGCUCUACUAUGCCCCAAUAACGUGUAUGAUGUCCUUGA